AUGACUUCCUCCAAACGCGCACUCGACGUUGGAGAUAAGCUGGGUUCCAUACGUCUAUUUACGGCAAAGCUCGAGGAAUCCGUUCGUGCAACCCGUCCCAACGCUGAAAAUUGUUUCCUCGCCGUCAACAUACACCCACAGAAGCACUCUUAUUUCGUGCUUGAUGUCCACAAUGUCGACCAUGUCUACGAGACUGCGCACACUGACAUGACCACGAUACCAGUCUAUGUUCUUCGCUUGUCGAAGAGGAGAAUCAGCAUCUUCAGACAAGAAAGGCUAGACGCUACUCUUGCUGUGACCCUAGCAGAAAUGCACGAUGGACACGGUCAAGACCCUUUGCCUUUGGUUGACGAUUACAACCACACCGUCCAAUACAAAAACCCCCGCAGCCUUUCGUCUCGAUGA